UUAUCCCAACCAGACGGUGGCAGUUUGGGGAUGGGCAUCUGAGCAUGGACACUUAACAACGGAUGACCUCAGACAUAUUGUUUACCCUUCAGGAAUCCGGACGUUUUCGUCGUCUGUAGACAGACAACAUAUUAAAGAGUCGAAAAUGCCGAGCAACAAGCUUGAUAAACCAGAAAAGGCAGAGGUCAGUGAUAACGUCAAGGUGGUGGUGCGAUGUCGACCCCUCAACCAGAAAGAGAAAAUGAUGGGACACAAACAGUCUGUCACUGUGGACGAAAUGCGAGGAACCAUCACUGUGAACAAGCUUGAGACGCCCAACGAGCCACCAAAGACCUUCACGUUCGACACAGUGUUUGGUCCUGACAGCAAACAGCUGGAUGUCUACAAUCUAACAGCCCGGCCAAUUAUUGAUUCUGUAUUAGAGGGAUACAAUGGAACCAUAUUUGCCUAUGGUCAAACAGGCACUGGGAAGACCUUCACCAUGGAGGGAGUGAGGGCGGUACCUGAGCUCCGAGGCAUCAUACCAAAUUCUUUUGCUCACAUCUUUGGCCACAUCGCUAAAGCAGAGGGAGACACUAGGUUUUUGGUUAGAGUUUCUUACUUGGAAAUCUACAAUGAGGAAGUGAGGGACUUGUUGGGGAAAGACCAGAUGCAGAGGCUGGAGGUGAAAGAGAGGCCAGACGUGGGAGUCUACAUCAAAGAUCUUUCUGGCUAUGUUGUGAACAAUGCAGAUGACAUGGAUAGAAUUAUGACUCUUGGCCACAAAAACCGUUCUGUAGGUGCGACCAAUAUGAAUGAGCACAGCUCCCGUUCUCAUGCCAUAUUCACCAUCACUAUCGAGUGCAGUGAGAAGGGCGUUGAUGGAAACCAGCACGUGCGCAUGGGCAAACUGCACCUGGUGGAUCUCGCGGGAUCUGAGAGGCAGGGGAAGACGGGUGCCACUGGACAACGUCUUAAAGAGGCCACAAAGAUCAACCUGUCCCUGUCCACCCUGGGAAAUGUCAUCUCGGCUUUAGUGGAUGGGAAGAGCACACACGUGCCCUACAGGAACUCCAAACUCACCCGCCUGCUGCAAGACUCUCUGGGAGGAAACUCUAAAACCAUGAUGUGUGCGAACAUUGGGCCCGCCGACUACAACUAUGAUGAGACCAUUAGCACCUUGCGCUAUGCUAACCGUGCAAAGAACAUCAAGAAUAAGGCCAGAAUCAACGAAGACCCCAAAGAUGCACUAUUACGCCAGUUUCAGAAGGAAAUUGAAGAGCUCAAGAGAAAGCUGGAAGAAGGAGAGGAAAUCUCAGGGUCAGAUGGCAGCGGAUCGGAAGAGAUGGAUGAAGGGGAGGAUGAGGCUGGAAAUGGUGGAGAGAGGCCCAGAAAACGACGAGGGAAGAAGAAAGUAUCACCAGACAAGAUGGUGGAGAUGCAGGCGAAGAUCGAAGAGGAACGCAAGGCCCUGGAGGCUAAGCUGGACAUGGAGGAGGAGGAGCGAAAUAAAGCACGGGCUGAGCUGGAGAAAAGAGAAAAAGAUCUACUCAAAGCGCAACAAGAACACCACUUACUGCUUGAGAAGCUGUCUGCUCUAGAGAAGAAGGUUAUCGUUGGUGGAGUUGACUUGCUGGCCAAGGCAGAAGAGCAGGAGAAGCUUCUAGAAGAGUCCAACAAUGAGCUGGAGGAGCGACGGAAGAGGGCCGAGCAGCUCCGUAAAGAACUGGAAGAGAAGGAGCAAGAGCGUUUGGAUAUUGAGGAGAAGUACACCAGUUUGCAGGAAGAGGCUCAAGGCAAAACCAAGAAAUUAAAGAAGGUCUGGACCAUGCUGAUGGCAGCAAAGUCAGAGAUGGCAGACCUGCAACAGGAGCAUCACAGAGAGAUUGAGGGCCUAUUGGAGAACAUCCGCCAGCUCAGCAGAGAGCUCCGUCUGCAGAUGCUCAUCAUCGAUAACUUUAUCCCUCAGGAAUACCAGGAAAUGAUUGAGAAUUAUGUACACUGGAAUGAAGACAUCGGCGAGUGGCAGCUGAAAUGCGUGGCCUACACCGGCAACAACAUGAGAAAACAAACUCCACUGCCAGACAAGAAAGAAAAGGAUCCGUUUGAGGUGGACCUCUCUCACGUGUACCUUGCCUACACGGAGGAGAGCAUGCGCCAAUCUCUGAUGAAGCUGGAGAGGCCCAGGACCUCGAAGGGUAGCAAGUCCAGGCCUAAGACUGGUCGCAGGAAGCGUUCAUCCAGGCCAGAUACGGUGAUUGAUUCCCUUCUGCAGUGAGCUUCUUCUCUGUCUCUGACUACGAUUUAGGCCGGUCCUUUGUGAGUUUUGAAUGAAUUAAUAUUAAUUGUGUAAAGAUGUAAGCAUACUUAAAUGACCAAGCAAAUUAAAACUAAAGAAGAACACAAAAUAACUGUACAUAUGCAGGAAUAAUGCUGUUAUCUGCUUUGCUCUUGCUUAAAAAAAACACUAAUUAAUUUCAGGAUGUCAUUUCACAAGAGAGCAAUUUCAUUUUUCUUCUCACAGAGCGAACAAAAACACAACAAAAACUGUUACUGGGUCUUUGGUUUUUACGUGGUUGUUGGUGCAGUGUAGGACGCCCAAAAGUCUCAGGGGCAGGAUAUUACUAGUUUGAUGCUCUAAUUGAUUAGCUUGUCAUCUCCUGCAAGCUGCUUUAGAUAUGAAUCAUGCUUGAUGCUUAUUCCAUUAGCAGUUUACAAUUACAUUUUAGUCUUUUACUCUGUACUUAAUGUGUGCUACUAACCUGAUUUUGUGGGGUUGGGGUUUUGGCUGGAGACCCUGCAUGCUCUUUUACCCGCCCAAUGUAGUGCCAUUUAACACUAGCUAACUGUUUUUGCUACCACAUGCACACUGUAUUCAAAACAAUGUGACUUUUAUUUUACACCAGAAUGUUUACAUUUACUGUGCUGUACACUGUAUACUCCUUAAUUUAUUAAAUUAUUUACAAGUGA